UAAAAAGAAGGCUAAAUUCUAGCAGAUCUGAUUCGAUAAAUGAUAAUGAAUCAAACGGUGAUUACUAAAUCUCUUUCUUGUUUUAAUAGUAUCUCAAUUUAAGCUUAUUUGACAGCAUUUAGAUUUUUAUAUUGCAUCUUCAUUUAAUGAAUCUUUAAAAUGAGAUUAUGAAAAUAAUUUAUCCAUUAGUGGGCUUACAAAACACAGACCGUAGUGGUGUAAAUGCUGAUGAUGAGAAUAAGUUCAAAGAGAAUCAAAGCAGCCUUCCUCCAAUAAACUUAGCAAAAUAACUCAGCUAGUAUGUUAAAAGGGUUUACUGAGGGUCCAAAUAAAAGCAUCUCUAAAGAAAGAAGGCUUCCCAGAAUAUUAGAUGAUGAAGAAGAGAAAACUGAAUUAAAGGCAAAUAUAGACAAGAAAAAUUAUCUACAAUCAAGCAGCCAAGACAAUUCAAGUGUUUCAGAAGAAUACAAUAGUGACAAGAAAGUUCUAAUGGAACAACAAAAGACUAUAUAUUUCGGAAACUCAGUACUUGAUAACUGAGAUAUUACCUCUGCUCAUUAUCGGGAAAGACUUAAUUCCAAAGAGAGUCGAAUUCCUGAGCCUGAUGAAAGCGAUCUCGCUAAUAUAGAAUCAGAUUUAGACAAGUUAUCUCAGGAGCUUAAUGACAGAUCUCCAAUGACAAAAGGAGAAGAAGAGUAUUUAAAUGAUAAGAACAAUUCCAUCACUCACAACUUAGAGAGCGAAAAUGGGUCACCAUGAAAUGAAGCUCAUACAGAAAACUCUUCUAUUUUCACUGACAAAGAUGAAAUAGAAAUGCUGGAGAACAAGAAGUAUUACAAAUUCAGAAAGUUUUACACAUUAAUAAAAGUCACUAUUAGAGACUUUUGUUUUAAAAUUGUCAGCUCGCCUAUUUUUGAAGGAGCCUCAUUAGCAGUCAUUGUCCUAAACUCUCUUUUCAUGGCUCUAGAAGACCCUACUGAUGAAUCCUCAAAUAAUGAUUUCAAAGUGCUUGACAAUGUGUUCCUUGGAUUGUAUACGUUAGAAAUGGUACUCAAGAUCUUGGGGAAUGGGUUCAUUUUCCCUAAAUAACUCCUAUCUGAGAGAAUCAUGGAACAUACUUGAUUUUGUCAUUGUUAUUAGUGGAUAUUUACCAAUGUUCCUAUCUAGUAACUCAACAGAUCUGAAGGUACUCAGAGCUUUCCGAGUCUUGAGACCUCUCCGAACAAUCUCAGGAAUCGAAGGGUUGAAAAUGUUGGUGUCAGCUCUUAUAUCAGCUAUACCAAUGUUGAGAGAUACUAUUUUAGUGCUGAUAUUCUUUUUCAUUAUCUUUGCUAUUGCUGGUCUUCAACUAUGGCCAGGAGUCUUGAAGAAAAGAUGUAUAGAGAUAGAAACAGGAAAGGUUCAUCCAGACGAUCUUCUUUGUGGAGCAAAAGCAUGUCCUGACGGCUAUUUCUGUGGGAAAACAAACACAAACCCUAACAUGGGAAUUACAAAUUUCGAUAACAUCUUCUACUCAUUCCUAGUAAUCUUCCAAUGAGUAACUCUUGAAGGAUGGUCGACAGUAAUGGUAAUGCUUCAACUCUCAUUCAACAACCUCGCUUUCCUCUUCUUCGUCCCUUUAGUCUUCAUCGGAGCGUUCUUCCUACUAAAUUUGACCUUGGCCGUCAUCAAGUCCAAAUUCACAGAAGAGCACAACUCCAGAAAGCGUGGAAAUACCAUUACUGGUGAAUCUCUUGAAGAACAGGAAAGGAAGCUCAAGAAAGAAAAGUCCAGGAUCAACAGGAAGAUCAAGGGCUUUAUACGGAAAAGGUUGUUCGAGAUCCUUGAAAAGGUCAGGAAGAAGCUACAUAGUAAAGAAGAUACCAAGAUCUCAAUGAGAAGGCCAAUGUCAGUGGCUCGUACAUUGAGAAGAGAUAUUUUUGAAGAGGACAAUGAGUUUAAUAAGUCUAUUGUCAGUGAGGUUGAGCAAGCUGGUGAUAGCCAAGAAGAAAAUUCGAGAACUUACAUACAGAAAGAACACGCUAAUAUGGAGGAAGAGUCGAGCUUUGAUUGCUCAUCCAAAGAAUCAGAUCAGAGGAAAUCUCAAGAAUCAAAAGAAGAGAAAAAAUAUUCUCAAAAUUCAAGUUCCAGCUCUUCUGAAGAAAAAGUUCCAGAUCAGAAUGAAAAGCAAGAAAAAAUCAUGGAUCCCAGCCAAUUCAUGACAAAGAAGGUCAAAUAUGAGCAACUUAGUUUAAAAAAUCAGAAUAAAUGGAAGAAAAAGUUAGACAUCAGCCGAGAUACAAUAGUUGAGGUGGAUGAGGAGCAUCAAUCUGAGACCAAUAAAUUCUUAGGAUCAAGUGAGCAUAAAUCUUCAUCAAGGAGAUUCCACAGAGUGAUUAAUACUCUCAGAGGAAAUAGCCCAAAUUCAAGUGCUAAUGCAUUAGGAAAUAAAGAUUAUUCACAAUCAAGUAAUCCAUAUUAUGAGAAUAAUGAAUCUCCUCUAAUUCAUGCUCCAAGCGAUGAUUUAAAGCUUCUCAAAAUCAAUGCACAGAAAGACAAGAAAAAGAAGUCGAGUAAAAAUGUCAGAAAGAAACUUACUGCUAACUGAAGUGAUCUAAUGAAAUCAGACAGAUCCUUAGGAGGCCGUAAAGAAGGUAAAGAAAUAAAUAUUGAGAUCAGCAAAGAAGAGAGAACUCUUAAUGAGAAAUAAUGCUCAAAUCACCCAACAAGAAAAAGCUGUUGAAUGAUUUGAAGAGAACCCUUUGACACCAUCAAAACCUAAAGAUUCGGAAAAUGAGAAUGUGUCAUCUACAAGUGAUCUCCAAAGUAGUGAGCACAUCGAUUACCUCGAAGAUGUCGAUAGUCCAAUAUCUACAGAUUCUAAUAUUGAUAAUUUCUUUGAUUUUGAAGAUGGCCUUCUAAAAACCAGAGAAAAGAUCCAUGAGGAGACAAGUCUCGAGGAAACAGAUACUCAAUAUAAAAGAGAUCAUCAAAGAAUACACGAAGAAGAAAAGAAAUUAUAUGCGAUUACUUCUCAGUCAACUAUUAAAUCUGAGACCAAGAGAGGGAAGAAAAGAAAAAUUCCAAGAAUUGAACUCCAUAACUUUAGAGCUCAUAAUUCUGUCAGGAAUCAUGCAUUGACUAGAAACUUAGACAAGACUACUGAAGAAUUCAAAAGCACAAACAAAAGGACUCGAAUUCCUAAUAAUUCUCCAGAAAAGAAUAUGUCAACUAGUGUAGGGCAUUUUAGUUUUCCUGAAGCAAAAGCUUCUUACUCAAGAUUUAAAUACCAAGAUAGCAAGUACAAGAGUAUUAUUAGCAGGAAGCCUUUGACAAACAAGGAAAUAAUCCACUUGAAAUAUAACAAUUCCUUCACUCAUAGCUUCGAAGAAGACAAAAAUUUUGUCAAAGAUAGAAUCAUAGAGCGGGAAAGAGUUAAAAAGGAGACUCCCUGGAAAAUGAUUGUUGAUGAUAUCAAAAAUAAGAAGAAACUAAGGAUCCUUAGUAAAGAACCUAAAUAAAAAGCUUGCCUCCAAUAAGAUCAGGUUUAAAUAUUCAUCCCUCAGAGAUGUAGUCAGAGAAAAGGAGAAAGAGUCUAAAUAAGACCAAAUUUCAAUGGCAAAUGAUCUGGAUGGACUCUGAGAUUAAGGAAUAUGAAAAGAGAAUCAAUUAUAGAUCUCAGCCUGACUUCAGUGUCCCAGCGGAGGAUCAGUUCACAACAGAAGCCUAUCUAGUGGAUACACAACCAGACAUAGAAUUUAUGAGUAAGAAUAAGAUGCUUCAGCAGAAAUAUGAUGCUAAUUUCCAUUCUCGUGUUAUAUCAACUAACACAGUCUCAAUUGUUGCUGAAAGUAAAGAAAUGAAAGAAGUUAACAGAAUGGAUUUAGUUCCAGAUGAUAUCUAUAUUAGCAGUGAUGAAGACUCCAUACCUGAAAAAUCAGAGGUUCACAUUCAAACACCACUCUCUCGGAAAGGCUCGAUGGCUAAUGAAUCCGGAGAUAAAGAAAAACUUGGUGUUACAGAUGUCAAGAAAAUGAUAUCAACAGUAUUUCUACAGAAGAUUAGACAGCAGCACAGUCAUAUCUUUCAAAAAGGAUUGAGAAGAUCAGGAACCAUGAUGAAAGCCCAAUCACCUACCUACAAAACGCCCAAGUCAAUACUAAAGCGAUCUGGAUUUAGUGGGUCUCCAUUAUCAACUAAUUUGUCAGUAAAGAAGUUCACCUUUCCAUCUACUGCAGAAGCAAGAUCGAUACCUAAGCCGAGAAAUUCCAAAAAGUUCAGUACAUUUAAAUUAAACCAACAAGCACCUAAGCCCUCUAUCCGACGUACUGGAAAGAUUGAUAAAAUGAGCGAACAACAGAUAAAAGAAGUAGUUGAUGGUGUCAUUGAGAUUGAAGAGACUCCUUAUCAGCAAAAAGAAUAUGUUAAAGAUGAAUUUCUGGAUGUAGAAUUUGAUCUUGAAGGAGCCAUUAAAAAGGUUAAAGAGAAAGAUAAGAACAAUAAGAUUUUAAAUCUUGAAUGGAGUGGGCAGGAUAUCAUACCCUGUCUUGAGCCGAGCAAAGUCAAUCUCAUUCUCAAUAGUUUUAAUCAGAUGAGAGUUCAUAGAAUGGGACCUCUGAGAUGGUUGCUAAAAACUAAAUAUUACCUUGAGUUAUUAGUGAGGUCAUCUCAUUUUGAGAACUUUAUGACCCUUAGCGUGACCCUUAAUACCUUGAUCCUUGCUAUUGAUCAUUAUGGAAUAGAUCCAGAAGUUGAAAGAAACUUCAACAACAUAAAUACAUUCUUUACUAUUGUGUUUUGCAUAGAAAUGGUUCUUAAAAUUCUUGGACUCGGAAUCAAUAAUUACCUCAGAGAAACAAUGAAUUAUGUGGACGGAGCAGUUGUAAUCCUCAGUAUUGUAGAGCUUGCUUUUCUAUCCAAUAGUGGAGGCUCUCUUUCUGCUUUCAGAACAGUGAGGAUAUUUAGAACAUUCAGAGUCCUCAGAGUAGCCAGACUCCUCAGAUCUAUGCAAUCAAUGCAAGUGAUUAUUGGAGUAAUUGGAAGGUCUAUGAGUAGUUUUGUAUAUUUAGCUAUACUCCUCCUGCUAUUUAUAUUCAUUUACAGCUUAAUGGGAAUGCAACUCUAUGGAGGCCAGUAUAAUAAUCUGGAAGGACCAAAGCCUAGAGCAAAUUUUGAUAGUUUUGGAGUAGCGUUCUUAACAGUAUUCCAACUUCUCACAAUGGAAAACUGGAACUCGAUUCUUUAUUCAACAAUGGACCAGUCUGGAUGGACUGCUGCAAUAUACCUCAUCUCAUGGAUUUUUAUUGGAAACUUUGUCCUUCUGAAUCUCUUUUUGGCCAUUCUCUUAGAUAGCUUUGUUGAAGAAGAUGAAGAGGAAAAGAAGGAAAUGGAAGAGAUAAACAUUAUGAAUGGACUCCAUGACCAGCCUAACCUUGAAAGUGACCAAAAAGCCAAUCUUGAAGGGAAAAAGAAUGAACAGCUAAUUGAGGCUAUCGAUUACCAAAUCAAACUUGACUUAGGUCAAGGAGACGAUAAGAAUGAUUCCAAGAAAUUUGUGCGUAAAUAAGAGCAAAAAGAAGAACAAGGAUACUAAUUUACUCGAUGAAUCUAUAGAGAUCACUCCAGAGACUCUCGCUAAAAAGGAGUCUGAGAUAAAGCCAAGCAAGAUACUUUAUGAAGGAGUUGAAUGUGAGAGAGCAUUUUUCUUUAUCUCAAAAUCAAAUCCAAUCAGGGUCUGGAUUUAUACUCUGACUCAAUGGGCUGGAUUUGAGACCAUAAUAAUGACAUUGAUCCUUCUCUCUAGUAUAAAACUUAUAGCAGACACUUAUAUCCUCAAUAGAUCUGAUGAUUCACUAGAGAUAGUUAUCUCAGGAUAUUUUGAUCUUUUCUUUAUUAUUUUCUUUGCUCUCGAAUCUCUCAUAAAAUCAAUCGCAGCAGGCCUUGUUUUUGAGAAAGGGUCAUAUCUCAGAGAAAGCUGGAAUCAGUUGGACUUUUUCAUCGCUGUAACUAGUAUAAUCGACCUUGCUUUUGAUGGCAUCAAUGUACCAGUAAUCAAGGUUUUGAGACUCUUGAGAACUCUAAGGCCUCUUAGAUUUAUUUCUCAUAAUUCUCAGAUUAAAAUAGUAGUAGAAGCAUUGAUCCAGUCAGUUGGCCAUAUUUUUAAUGUUCUCAUCGUAAUCUUGGUGGUUUUCCUAAUGUUUGCCAUCCUUGGAGUGAAUCUGUUUGGAGGAAAGUUUCAAUAUUGAACUAUUGAGACUUAUGAAAUUAAGAUGAGAGAAGAAUGCCUUGAGAUAGGAGGAAUUUGGAAAACUUAUGAUUCUAACUUUGACAAUACUAUUAAUGCAAUGCUCACUCUCUUUGUUGUAUCCUCUCUUGAAGGAUGGCCAGACAUCAUGUAUCAGGCAACAGAUGCAACCUCUAUAGAAAGAGGGCCAAAAGAAGACGCUAGCUAUUAUUAUUCUUUGUAUUUUGUCUUCUUUAUUCUAGUUGGAAAUUUCUUUUUCUUGAAUUUCUUUGUUGGUGUAAUUUCUCUAAAUUAUGAACAAGCUCAGAAAGAGGAAGCUGAAGCUCUUGUAUUGAAUCAUAAGCAAAGAAUCUGGAUUGAUAUUAUGAAAAUGAUAAAGAAAGCAUCACCAGAUAUAAAAACUACAUAUAUCCCAAAGCAAAGAUUCCGAAAAUUCCUCCACUCAAUUGUAAUUUCUGAAGCUUUUGAAGUGGUUGUAAUGACCUGUAUUGUAUUAAACAUGGUCCAAAUGGCUAUUAGCUAUGAAGGAUCUCCAGAGUCUUAUGACAGAGCCUUAUAUAUAAUCAACCUUAUCUUUACUGUUCUAUUCGCCUUGGAAGCUAUUCUAAAGUUAAUAGCAUACGGCACUGUAUACUUUACAUCAAGCUGGAACAAUUUUGACUUCUUUGUUGUUAUUUCUAGUCUUUUCGAAAUCCUUCUGACAUAUUUAAGCUCUAGUUCCUUCCAAAUUCUCACAGUUGGUCCUCAAUUAGCUAGAGUGUUGAGAAUACUUAGAGUGUCUCGACUACUAAGACUCAUAAACAAAUAUAAGGGAUUACAAACUUUGAUACAGACAAUCACCUUCUCAAUUUCCAGCCUUAUCAAUGUAUUUGCUCUUCUUCUCCUCGUCUUCUUCAUAUAUGCUAUUCUUGGAGUAUUCAUUUUUAGUGGAGUAACUGAAGGCGAAGUAAUCAGUGAAUAUAAAAAUUUCAGAAACUUUCAUCAAGCAAUGCUCAUUCUGCUGAUGAUCCUCACAGGUGAAGAUUGGAAUAAAAUCAUGUAUGACCUAUCAAGAACGGAACCUGAUUGUGUUUCUGAUAAGACUUGAGGAACUCCUAUUGCUCCUCUGUAUUUUAUCUCAUUCAUCAUGAUCUGUACGCUUGUGUUGCUAAACCUGUUCAUUCUAGUAAUCCUUCAGCAAUUUGACGAGUAUUACUUGCCUAAAGAUAAUGUCAUUGAGAAAUUUAAGAAGGAUCUCCACACUUUUAAACUAAAUUGGACUAAAUUUUCUAAAGAAGCCUCUGGCGUUAAGAUAAAAGAGUACUAUCUUGUGGAGUUCUUCUAUUCUAUGCCAUCUCCACUAGGAUUUAAAGGAAUGAGGAACAUGGACCGAAGAAAGGCAGUAGUUGAAAUACUAAAAAUGGAUCUGAUAAGUGAUAAGAAUGGAUUCAUAUUCUUUAACGAGCUUCUCUUUAAAGCUAUGAAAAGGGUUUAUGGAGAUGUGAACAUCAAAAACAUUUCAGUAGCUCAACAAGAACUCUCUGUGUUAAAGAAAUUAAAAACAAAGAAUAAGAACAAUGACACAGAAUUUCUCAAAGUGAAUCCUUUCCUUACUCUAAUGUACUUUAAACUAUCCUUCUCUGCUUGGAGAAAAAGGACAAGAAGAAAUCAACUUCUGAGAGAAAGAGGUCUUGAUCCGCGAGUUCAUAGGCUUACCUCAGAAGAUUGCAGCUCACUGAGGUCAGAAGAAACAUUCAAAAUUGAAUAUGUCAGCUCAGAAGAAAGUGAAGAGGAGGAAAAGGAAGAAUCCAAAGUUCUCGAAGAAGGAAAGGAAUUCUAGUCGCUUGAAUAAAUAUUUGAAUUA